UGAAAGCGGUGCGGGAAUGCAUGAGCGCUGCAGAUGCGGACAGUAACCAACCUCUCAGAAACAUGAACUGGAGUGAACGAGGCUUUCAGAGGAACGAGAAGCGGGGAUUAUUUCGAGAUCCCAAAGAGAGCCGUGCUGUACCUGAAUCUGAAGCACAGGAGGGGCCAAGGAUAGAAGCAGUUUACACACAAGAGGAGUCCUUUGACCAGGAGUGGUGUGCGAGUCUAAAGCAGGGUACAGAGCUGGCAUGUGUUAAAGAUGAAGAGGUCCCUCGACUGGAAUGCGUUCCUGUUAAAGAGGAAUUCAUAGAACAGGAAUGUGUCCCCAUCGCAGAGGAAGAUCCUACUGCCUGUAAACUUGAGAAGAACAAGCUGGGGGGAUCCAGCCUGCGUCCACCUGAAUGCGAACUGGGGUUUAGAGGAAUGCACGCUCCACCGGAUCACACUGCAGCGAGGCAGCACGCUGCUGCUAAAGGAAAUCUCAAAAGAGGGACUUCAUUUCCCUGUGCUGAUUGUGGGAAGAGUUUCAGUUGUUUAUCAGGCCUUAAAAGACACCAGCGCAGUCACACAGGAGAGAAACCGUAUCACUGCACUGAGUGUGGGAAUAAUUUCACGCGAUUAGAAAGUCUUAACUCGCACAAGCGCAUUCACACAGGAGAGAAACCUCAUAACUGCACUGAGUGCGGGAAGCGAUUCCGUCGUUUAUUUGACCUUAAAGUCCACCAGCGUAUUCACACAGGAGAGAAACCUCAUCGCUGCUCCGAGUGUGGGAGGAGAUUCCGUUAUCUAUCAGACCUUAAAACCCACCAGCGCAUUCACACUGGAGAAAAACCUUAUCGCUGCGCUCAGUGUGGCAAGAGUUUCACAUAUUUGAGAACCUACAAAAUCCACCACUCUUCUCACCAAAAUGAGAAAUCUUAUAAAUGUAGUGAAUGCGUGAAGAGUUUCUGUCACUUAUCAAGCCUUAUAAGACAUCAUAAAAUUCACAAAAGAGUGAAGCCCCAUCCCAUUGCUGUCCCGAAUUCCUAAGCCUGGAAUAGGCCACUAAAUAAAUGAGACAGCCCAGCACGGGCGCCUGGUUCUCAAGGUCGGAGUUAUACGGUCAUUCAGAAAAAAAAAAAGAAGCGUGCUUUUAACAUCUGGCAAGCAAAGUCAGAGAAUGUGAAGAGCAGGCUUAACAUCUUGAACUGCAAUGCUGCCUUCGACAUUAAGCAAGAGAAGUCAUGAUAGAGCGCAGCAGUCAACAGCCUAACCUAUGAGCUCUUCACCACAUUCAAAAGGAACGUCCCAGAAUUUGGUUAAAAUUGGGAGAAACUUUUAAUACAAAAAGGGGGUAAAGAGAACAUUACCAACUGGAUCGCCAUCAACAAACUUUGAGCCAAUAGAUGAUAAAACCAAUAAAUGAACUGAUUUGGUCUGCCGGCACCGGUCAAAUUUACAGCAAGAGAUUCCCUCCAGUCACUGAGCGAGACUUGCUAUGUCUGACCAGGAAUACAGACACAGUAAUGUAGUACAUGUGUAAGCAAAGAGAGAGUAUAAAAGGGUGUGGCCAGGAGUCGCUGUGCUGAAUAGACCAGGGGGGAGUGUAAUAGCUGUUGGAAACAACUUAACAGUUGAAACUGGUGCUACAAUACAUAUAGAAUGAAUAAGAACAAAUAUAAUGGGUUCUAAAUUGAGGUGCCGUGGAUUCUAAUUAAGGGAUAUAUACAGUACAGUGAAAAUAUUAUCAGAUCUUCAACCAAAAUCGAAUAUUAGAUAAA